AUGAACCUGGAUGUCCAUCUUGAUGAGCUCAUGCUCGAAAUCUGUCGAGACCUGAUCAGCGACUCCGAAAGACUGCCCGCCCUGACCCGAGUGUCACGUAACAUCCGCCGCCGCGCUUUCGAGGUCCUUAUGAACAACUGCACUAUCGAUUUGUCUUCCAGCAGAAAUCAAAUCAUUCACAGCGUAAUGGCACACUUGUUUGCUCUCGUACACGACACUACUGUACCUGUGCCAGACGUGGCCAUUGAGAGUACAGGGGAUCCACUCGUGGACAAGCUCGUGAAGUAUGCAUCCAAGUUCAAGACUCCCAAGAUCGACGCAUUCGAUCGCCACUGUAUUCGAUCUACCGUCAGCGGCUCAGUACUUUUACAGUACAUAUCGGCCGUACAGGUGCUGGAGAGUGCCACCAUGUACGGAGCUAAGUCAUGGAAGUCGAAAUUCAGACGGGGCAAGAUGGAAGACCUUCUGCGCUUUCUUCUGCGUGUCACGCGACACAUCAGCACUCUAGAGAUGGGACGCUCUUUGGAAUGGAUGGGUCAAGGUGGCAUACAAGGCAUGUGUCCUAUGCUUCAUGCACUCAAACUCGAUUGUAUUAUUCGCCAGUCCUUUUCACACAAGUGCUGUAACUUCAUUCAGCUUUUGACCACGAAGAUGCUUGAAUUCACUCGCAAGGGCGUAAAAAAUUAG